UCCAAUAAAAAUUGCAGAAGCUUGACACCUCACAACUACAACCACAAGUUUGCAAGAAACAGAUACUCUUAGCUUUAGCUCUGUUUUCAUAUUUGUAGACUUCCCUGGUGAGGCUUUCCUUUACUGAAACCAACCAAAUGGCUUCUCCAAUGGCCAGCCAACUCAAGAGCAGCUUUGCUUCUUCUGUAGUUACAAGGGCCCUGGUUGUUCCCAGAGGCAUUUCUGGAGCUCCAUUCAGGGUCUCACCCACAAGGAGAUCCUUCACUGUCAGGGCUAUUCAGUCUGAGAAGCCAACUUUUCAAGUGAUUCAACCAAUCAAUGGAGACCCCUUCAUAGGAAGCUUGGAGACUCCUGUAACAUCAAGCCCACUAAUAGCCUGGUACCUCUCCAACUUACCAGCCUACAGGACCGCAGUGAGCCCACUGCUCAGGGGAGUAGAGGUGGGGCUAGCCCAUGGGCUACUGUUGGUAGGGCCAUUUGUGAAGGCAGGUCCAUUGAGGAACACAGAGUAUGCAGGAGCAGCAGGGUCAUUAGCAGCAGGAGGACUGAUUGUGAUUCUGAGCAUAUGCUUGACAAUGUAUGGAGUAGCUUCAUUCGGUGAAGGAGAGCCAUCAACAGCACCAAGCCUCACCUUGACUGGAAGGAAGAAGGAUCCUGAUCAGCUUCAAACAGCUGAUGGAUGGGCCAAAUUCACUGGUGGAUUCUUCUUUGGUGGAAUUUCUGGUGUCAUUUGGGCUUACUUUCUUCUCUAUGUCAUUAACCUUCCUUACUUUGUAAAGUAGAGAGGCUCUGUAUUUCUAUAUCUCUCUUGCAAUCUCUCUCUCAGUCUCUCUGUCAAUGUAUAUCAUCUGCCAAUUAUUUGGCAUUAGACAUUUGCAAAUGAAAACUGCAUAUUUGUUUCUCUA